AUGGAGUAUGCGCAAGUGAUUAUUGUUGGCGGGGGUAUUUCGGGCCUUGCAGCAGCAAAGACUUUAGGACAUGCAGUGAAAUAUGUUCUAAUCGAAGCACAAGAUUAUCUAGGUGGUCGAGUACUUACCGUCGAUGCGGCACCGGACUUGGCUGUUGACAUGGGUGCUCAAUAUGUACUUGGAGAUAAGUCGGCACUAUACAAGAUCUGUGAUGAAUUGAAGAUGCUUCUUGAUGAUGACGAUGCUGAUGAUGAUGAGGCCGUAGUUGUGACUACUGACGGAAAAACUAUCAAUUCUGAGUUGAUGGAUAAAGCAACUGACUUCUGGGAACGUUCAAUCGACGAUGCGGAAGAUAAAUCUGACGGGCAACAAUCAGGGCUUGCUGUUUCUUUUGCAGAUUUUGUUCCGAAAGUAUUUCAGAGGCGAUUAUUAUCAUGUUCAUUAUUUCCUCGUGAGUUAUUCGGGCCGAUUACAGAUUAUUUCAUGAAAUCAGAAAUGACUGAUGCCAAUUGCAUUUCAUUAUCCGAUUUGAACUUGAUCGAAUAUAGUAAUUAUGAAGAUCCGCCAGGUGAAUAUGAAAACGAUUUAAAAUAUACUGGUUAUCGUCCGUUGGUCAAUUAUCUGAAAUCAUUUAUACCAAAUGAUCAACGAAUACGUUUGAAUUGUGAAGUCGUGCGAGUUAAGUUUCUUUCCACAGAACGUAAAUUAUCCGUCGAAAUUCAUGAUUCACAGAAACAACAAAAGAAAACCAUGAUCUGUGAUCAUAUCAUUUGGACAACUUCAUUAGGUUAUUUGAAAGAACAUUUUCAUCGAAUCUUUGCUGAUGAACACGAUCUACUUCGACAGAAACAAAAUGCGAUUACUAACAUUGGUUUCGGAGUCUUGAAUAAGGUAAUACUCAUUUACAAGAAAAAGUUCUGGCGACAAAGUGCGAAUAGCAUUAUACUGCUACACACUCAAGAAAAUCAUCUCUUUGAAAUGUCGGAUACUUUACGACAAUUGUUAUCUAAUGGGUCAAUCGAUCCGAGUGUCGUCCAAGAGGUUGCUCAUGGAUUGUCCUAUUGUGAUGUUUUACCGUGCACUGACAUUCCAGUGUUGGUCUGCUGGUUCGGUGGUCCAGCAGCCAUAACGAUUGAAAAUUUCACCGAGCAAUUCAUUGGGCAAAUCUGUCAUGAAACCAUAUGUAGCUAUUUAAAAAUCGAUCAGGACAGAUACCCACCGGUUCGAGUACUAAAGAGUGGAUGGCAUAAUAAUAAAUAUACUCGAGGAUCGUACUCGUAUCAUUCGGUUCGUUCGAGUAAGCAAGAUGGGAAACAACUACGGAUUCCGUAUGCACCGGACGGAAUUCAAAGAAUUCUGUUUGCUGGCGAAGCAACGCAUGAGCAAUACUAUGCAUCAGUAAAUGCGGCAUUUGAAACUGGCACUCAAGCAGCGAAGAAAAUCUUAUCAAUUAUCAAUUAA